AUGAUGGCUGAUACUACUUCGCCACCACCGGAUAAAACCCAGAACACUUCAAUCCUCGCCACGCUCCACCCAGACAUCAUCCACGCUCACAUCCUCACGCGCCUAGACGGCGCCACGCUCGCAUCCGCUGCGUCCGUAUCGUCCCUCAUGCACCGCCUCUGCACCCAAGAGGAUCUCUGGCGCCAAAUCUGUACCGCCACGUGGCCCUCCUUGCACGACCCCAUCGCCCGCCGCGUCAUCUCCACCUUCCCCGGCGGCCACCGCUCCAUCUACUCCGACGCCUUCCCUUCCCUCCAUAAUUUCUCGCUCCAUUCCCACCGCUCGCCACCGCCGCCGCAGGAACUUAUCUUCGCCGUGGACAUAUACUACCAGGGAAGGCCCGUGUUCUCGCGCGUGAAACUCGUCGAAACGCAGAAGAAAUGGUUCCUCUCCUCGCCGCUGUGGGUGGACGCGCUUGAACCCAACGAGAUGAUUCCGACGACGGUGAAGUUCACGAGGAAGGACGAGAAGUGGUUGAAGCACCUGGAGGAGAGUCUGAGCGUAAGCUGGAUUAUGGUGGACUCCACAGGGAAGCGUGCGGCGAACGUUUCGAGCCGGAGGGCGGUGUUGGCGCGGCGGAACUGGCUGACGCGGGAGGUGGAGGUGAUUUACGCGGCGGAGAUGGCAAGGGAAAGGGUGCAGUGCGUGGUGAAGGUGACAUGCUGCGGGAAGGUGGGAGGGGAGCUGCAGUUGAGGGAGGUGAAUCUGGUUAUGGAGGACACGGAGGGGAGGCAGGUGAGUGGGAAGGAGGGUGUGGCGAUUCUGCAGAGGGCCAUGGAGUGUGGAGAGAAAAGGAGAGUGGAUCACGUGAGGGACAAGGAGAGGUUCGAGAAGUUCACGUGCUUGAUGAAGGAGAGCAGAGAAAGGAAGUUUAGGAGGGAGAUGGCACGUGAUCUUGUUUCUUCAUUGUUAGCUUUGUUGGCUUGUAUCAUGUGUUGCUUCCUUGCUGGAUUCUGA